CUAACACAAAUACGACACACGUUUCAAAUACUAAACCGCCCCAUCUCUCGCACGCUAUAAAACAGUACGGUACGACGGUUACCAACUUCAUUUUCAAACCCAACUGAUUAUGAUCCUCAAACAAACCCUGCAAUGCAAAGAUCAGCGCCUGCUGGUAAUUUCAAGAACACUGCACCAUCAUCAUCACCACCACCACCUUGCAUUGCAUGUAAAUAUCAACGUAGAAAGUGUCCACCAGAUUGCAUUCUUGCACCACAUUUUCCCGCAAAUGCACCACCUAAUAAAGAUUUUGAGAACGCACGUAAACUGUUUGGUGUAAGUAACAUAGUGCAAACUCUCAAGAACAUACCCGAUUUUACGCAGAGAAGAGAUGCUGUUGUGAGUAUGGUUUAUCAGGCUAAUGCUAGAGCCAGAGACCCUGUUGGUGGCUGUCAACGUAUUCUUGUUCAACUGAAUGAACAAAUUCGGCAAUCUGAAAUGGAACUUCAGUCUGUUAUGAGUCAGAUUGCGUAUUAUCGGAAUCAAGAAUUCGCGGCUAGUUCUUCGUUUUAUGCUCACAAUCUUGCUCGUACAUCGGCUGUGUAUGAACCUAUGCCAGUUCAGCAAUAUGGGGGGUACUCUAUGUAUGGCUUAGAACAUCAAGAACCUUUACCAAUUCAGCAUUACCCUAUGUAUGACUUGCAAAAUCAAGAACUGGCGCGAGAUCAAGAAAUUGGAAUUGCUUUGAAGGAUGAAGCAGAAGGAUCGUGUGCAAGUGGCGGCUUUCGUAAUUCAACUUCUUCACGAGAAAGCGUAUCGGAUUUUGGUGGUGUUAAGUACGGUGGUAUUGAAUCUGUUUUUGUUGGGUCUGAUGAAAGAAACAAAACUGUUUCUUUGGAAUUUCAAGAUCCUACAAAUUACAGAGCAAACUAAUUUGAUUCGACGAAAAGAACCGGUGAUUGAAGAAGAUCAGAAAUUAACCAGUUAGAUAUGAGCAGGAUCACUAUCUGAAGGAUGCUUCUACACAAUUUACUCAGAAAAAUGGUGAAGGAUCAAUGUCCUAGACUACAACAGAAGUUUCUAUAAAAACACAGUGAAAUUUCACUUAUAGCUAGAUGAUUUUAGUUAUGUAGAAAAGCUGUGCAUUCUGAUACAUAUCAUUAGACUUGUUUGAUUCUUUGAGGUUAGAUGAAAAUAUUGUAGCUUCUUUGAGGUCCUAUAGCUUUCAAACAGUAAUGCUGUGUAAAUACAUUUCUUUGAUUGGGUUCUGAAAUGAAUCAAACUCAUACUUCAUUGUGAAUAAUGUAUAUAUGUAAGUCCAGACAUUUUUUUUUAA